AUGGUUAAUUCGGUGCUUCAAGAAGUUCAGGCAGACUUGGGCGAAAUCCACUCCCGGCAGAAGCGUUUCGUGGCCUUCCCGACCGGCUCGACGUUCACGAUCACGCCCGUCCUGUGCAUCCCUGUCGUGUCGGUGGGCGACCUGACUGGCUACCUCGACAUCGAACUCCCGUUUACCAUCAAGCUGCCCAACGCCACGCAGAUCACCUACUCCGGCAGGAUGGACGACGACCGCAUGGGCAUCUACUCCGUCCUCAUCGAUACCCUAAGCAGGUUCGGAUUAAACGGAAAGUCAUGUCUUCUGCGAGCUGUGUGUGAAGUCGCCGAAUCUCCUUUGAGAGAUGAUGGACUAUUCGGAGAAAUCAUCAACAUCGUGCUUACCGCCUCCUACGGAUCGAGUUCCAGCGAACUGUACGAUUACGUUAACGCCGAAUACUACGGAAGAGCCUACGGGAGCUGCUGGUCGGCUUAUCCGGAAUGUCCUAUGUCGCUGUUCAAGCUCUUUGAGGGCGUCAACGAUCUGUGAGGAAUGGGAGCUGAAGAGGAAG